AUGGGCUCCGUCAAGCGAGCAGUCAGAAUUGCCAAUUGCUCAGGCGCUGUACCAGAUCCUGGUGAGCACAUGCUCAAUCAAGCAAAGUAUGGUCCUGUCGAUGUAAUAACCGGAGACUAUCUUGCCGAGGUCAAUCUAGGCAACGAUGCGGAGGCCUACGCCGCUGGGACACAUACCGGCUGGAUACCAACAGCCUGGGACGGUCUCCAGAAAUCCAUCGAUUUAAUAGCCGAGAAACGGAUCAAAGUGAUCAUUAACGGCGGCGCCCUCAACCCGAGAGGUCUCGCAGAAGAGACUUUGCUUAAGUUGAUUGAACCUAAAGGCCUGGAUCUGAUGGUGGCGUAUGUCUAUGGUGAUGACUGCUUACAUAAAGUGCAUUCUCUCUUGACCAAGGACAAGGCGUUGCCACAUCUGGACAAGGAGAAUAGUCAUGUGCAGCUCGAGAAGGAUACCGAGGAAUUCUUGAAGUUUCCGGAUGAGUUUCCGAUUGUGAGCGCUAAUGCGUACCUGGGUAUGCGAGCCGUCAAGCGUGGACUCGAUGAGGGUGCGGAUAUCAUCAUCUGUGGUCGGGUUGCAGACGCUAGUCCAGUGAUCGGUGCUGCAGCGUGGUGGCAUGGCUGGAAGGAGACUGAUUAUGAUGAGCUUGCUGGUGCAUUGAUAGCUGGCCACCUCAUUGAAUGCUCAACGUAUAUCACGGGAGCCAACUAUAGCGGCUUUUUCAAGCACGAUAUGGAUGAGUUGCUGGAUCUUGGUCUGCCCAUCGUUGAGGUCGAAGCCAAUGGUGAGUGCAUCGUGACAAAGCACGAAGCUCUGAAUGGUUUCGUGAACGAGGACACAGUCAAGUGCCAGCUGCUAUACGAGCUGCAGGGUACGAUCUACCUAAACAGCGACGUCAACGCCGAGAUCAAGAAUAUGCGCAUCAAAGACAUAGCAAAAGAUCGGGUCCGGGUUUCUGGCGUGACCGGAGCACCACCUCCUGCAACAACGAAACUCGCAGUCUUUUACAAAGGCGGCUGGCAGUGUGAGCUGUUGCUGAACGCAUCGGGAUAUGCUACCGAGAAGAAGUUCGCACUGCAAGAGGCGCAGAUCCGGCGGAAGCUGAAAGAUUUUGGUUUGAUUGACAAGUUCGAUGUCCUUGACUUCCAGUGGGCGGGCAGGCCAGCUACGAACCCGAGUUGUCAGCUAGCGAGCACGACUUACCUUCGUGUCUUCGCGCAAGCUAGAGAUAAGAAUGUCGUUGCCAGCGUUCUGGGUGCCUGGGCGACAAAUACCAUGCAACAUUUCGCGGGGUUUCACUGUAGCCUCGAUCUUCGUAAUGCGACGCCAAAGCCAUUCCUGGGCUUCUACCCAGCAGUGAUCGACCAAAGUGAGCUAGAAGAGAGCGUCAACAUUCUUCCUCGCGGCCAUUCCACAGAGUCGAAGAAGUUUGUCGUUGGUCCUCCAAAGCGGACGGAGCGGAUACAGGACCGAGAGGAUUACGGACCAACAGAUCCAGUCAACCUAGCCAGCUUUGGUGAAACAGUCAUGGCGCCAUUAGGUGAUAUAGCUCUCGGUCGGUCAGGCGACAAAGGAGCGAACGUCAACUGCGGUCUGUUUAUUCCAGCUCACGAAGAUCCUGAUGGUGAGAAAUGGGACUGGCUGAGGACGGUGAUGACGAAGCAGCAGAUGCAGAAAAUGAUGGGGAGUGAUUGGAAGGACUGGUAUCAUAUCGAGAGGUGCGAAAUGUCGGGUAUCCGGGCGGUACAUUUCGUCGUGUAUGGGCCCCUGGGACGAGGAGUGAGCAGCUCAAAAAUACUGGACAGUCUGGGCAAAGGCUUUGCCGAGUUCAUCCGAGAUGUGCAUGUGCCCAUACCACGGAAGUUCAUGAGUAGCCAUCGCGCUGAACAUCUGUAA